GCAAGAACCUCCGUCAACAGGCACCGAUGGUGUACAUAGACAACCAUCACGCCGAUAUUCCACUCCACAUCUCCUCAUCGCUGCCGUCAUGUCUUUCGAUCAGUUAUCGUCGCUGGAGUCCCAGCCGACUAAUAUGCGACGGCGAGAUGACCCGCAUUACACCGAUGACCCGGAGUUCCAGCGAUUGUCGCAAGACCUCAUGUCCAAGCUGUUGUCAUUAGCAAGCAACGUUUCAAAGCUGUCGAAUCAAAUCGCUUUACUCGGCACGAAGAGAGAGACAGAGAGGGUGCGGGAGAGGGUGCAAAAUCUGCUAGAAGAGCUUAAAGACAGCUUCAAGGAGGUUGGGGAGGGCGUUAAGAAGAUACAAUCAUGGGAGGAUGUCAGCCCAUCGCAAAAGUAUACGCAGCAAAAGCUCGCCCGGGAGUUCCAGAACACCCUUACAACAUUUCAAGGUGUGCAGCGACAAGCUCUCGAGAAGCAGAGAACCUCGGCGUCAGCAGCCCGAACAGCAUUAGAUGAGGAGCCAGGGCAUGUGGCGGAAGACGGCGCUCAAUUUGGGCAACAGCUAUCGCAAGAACAACUGCGACUCGCUUCGCAGGAUGAGGUGGAUUUCCAAGAGUCCCUAAUCGUGGAGCGUGAAGCGGAGAUUCGAAAUAUCGAGCAGGGUGUUACAGAGUUGAAUGAGCUGUUCCGAGACGUCGCCCACAUCGUCAGCGAGCAAGGCGAGCAACUGGAUAUGAUAGACCAAAACGUCGAUAAUACAAGGACGGAUGCGAGGGGUGCUGAUCAGGAGUUGAGGAGCGCUUCGCGGCAUCAGAAGAACGCUCGGUCAAAGGCUUGCCUAUUGCUGCUGAUCUUGGCGAUAAUUCUGACUAUCGUGAUAUUGGCAGCUGUUCUGUGAUGAGUUAUUGAGCAGGUCGAGGUAAAUGUCUCAUGCGUGGGAGUUUAGGCGUCUCAACGGGAGAGGAUAGAUAGUCUUCAGUUAUUAAGGGUCCGUUCGAGCAGUUGAGCGCAUUGUUAAUAGCCGUGCUACUGAGAGACCAGGCUAUUCUAAUGUCCAUUAUGAUUUUCCAUUGUCUACAUCGCCAAUAUUAUAUUAUAUUAUAGAGUUAUGC